AGAUUUCUAAUAUUUUAAUUACGUUUUCUCGUUUAGUGUUGCUCAGCACGUGGCUCUUUCACGGCCGGCUUUGGAUAGCGUGAAAAAAUAGACCGGACUGAGGGGAGGCAAAAAUAAUACGCGCAUGCGCUCUUGUUCGCGGUGGAGUGUCGAGAAAUCAUUCAUUCCAAGAGGAGCGACGCAUCUAAUUACAUAAUGAAGCGCGUUUCACAAUUGAGUGGAAGUAAAGAGUUUGAAAUGUUCUACUGUUGUAAAAAUCAGUCAAUAAAAUUGAUAUUGGACUUUAAUAUAUUUGAUUUAAACUUUUUUAAGUUAUUAGAUUGCAGGGAGAUGUGUUCAUGUGUGCUGGACUGGACUGUGAUCUGCCUGACCUCUGCCCUUUUGUUAAUGUCAUCCAGCUACAGCUACGAGGAAUGCAAGGCCACUGCUGAUUGGCUGCUUGCCCAGACAGACAUCCGACCCACUGUGGGCAUUGUGUGCGGCUCAGGGCUCGGAGGGCUCGCUGACCUGUUAAAGGACCAGGUGGCCUUCAACUACAAAGACAUCCCCAACUUUCCGCAGAGCACAGUGCACGGACAUGCGGGGAAGCUGGUGUUUGGACACUUAAAAGGAAGGCCGUGCGUUUGCAUGCAGGGACGUUUCCACCUGUAUGAGGGCUACUCGGUACAGAAGAUUACAUUGCCUAUGCGCAUCUUCAAGCUGCUCGGUGUUGAGACGGUGAUGCUGACCAAUGCAGCCGGAGGCCUCAACCAUGACUUUAAAAUGGGAGACAUCAUGAUCAUCAAAGACCACCUCAACCUGCCCGGCUUCGCUGGCAUCAAUCCUCUGAAUGGACCCAACGAUGAGCGGUUUGGCGUACGUUUCCAAUGCAUGUCCGAUGCAUACGACAGAGAGCUGCAGCAGCUGGCCAUGGACGUGGGACAGGAUCUGGGCUAUGGAGAUUUCCUAAAGGAGGGAGUGUACUGUGUGCUGGGCGGGCCAACAUUUGAGACAAUCGCAGAGGGUCGCAUGCUGCAUAGACUUGGCGCUGAUGCUGUCGGCAUGAGCACAGCCCAUGAGGUGAUCGUCGCUCGGCACUGUGGCAUGCGCGUCUUCGCCCUCUCCCUGAUCACCAACCAGGUUGUGAUGGACUACGACAGCGAAGAGAGGGCCAAUCACGAGGAGGUCCUCCAGGUGGGCAGGCAGCGGGCGGCACAGCUGGAGAGGCUCGUUUCCACCAUGGUGACCAAAAUUGUGCACAACAACUACGGCCUAAGAGACUAACAGCCGUGUUUAGGCCUCUGGGAUUUUAUGUGGUCAUGUUCUACAUUGAAGAAAAUCCCACUCAGUUGAGCUGAUUUUAGCCUGAGGUCAAAAGGUGAAAGGAUUAUAGUUACCUGAAGAAUCUCACUUGGACACACAGACACAGAAUCUUUGAAAACGUACUCAACUGUUCUCGUAUUUCAUGUCACUGUGCACAAAAGGUUACACAUUCCCCUGCUGAGCAGCUCCAGAAGAAAGUUGUUCAGUUCUUUUUAUAUAAUUUUAAACAAAGUGUUAUUUUUUUCCCUUAUCUUACAAUAUAGAAUCCCCCUUGUAAAUGUCUGCAAUUUAACUUAAAAAGAGCCAAAAUCUGCUGUAAAAGUCUUAAUUUUAUAAGGUUGUAAAGAUGUGUACAUUAACCGAACUUAUAUUGUAUGUAAUGUAUUUCAGUGUACCCGUUUUUGUAGGAUGUUAUUGUUAAAUGUACUAUUUAUUACUAUAUCAAGUUUGUGUAUUUCCCCCCUAUCAUGGAUCACACCCAUUUCCACGGAUUUAUUUGCAGCCUUGAUUUUGUUUUUUUGUUUGUUUUCUGUGGACGGUGCAAGACCAAUAAAACUUAGACAUUAACUCAAAA